AUGUUGGGUUUACCAAGAAGCAGCCUCGAGGCGCCAUCACGCAAAGUUGAAGAACUAGAGGCAGGCGAGCGUCUGCAGUACAGCCACCUCAUUGUAGCUGACCGUAUUCUGAAGCGAUCGACUCGUCUCAGCCUAUUGGAAACUCAAGAAUUGGAUUCGCUACUGGAGACAGCAGCAGGCAGUGUGCCGGCUCAGUGGUGGCUGGUGCCUGAUUUGUCAACAAGCAACAGGACUGCCAAUGACAUCUUCCAGGAUAUGAGUCGUCUCAAUGACCAGCUCGCGCAUUUCCACCUGUUGAUCAGGGUGCAUCUACCAUAUCUGAUGCGAUGCACAUUCGAGAACAGUCAUGAUUACAGCAGGAUGACGGCGUUGAAUGCUAGCCGUGAUACGCUGAUUCGUUAUGUCGCGUUCCGCGAGAAGAAUGCGGCGGAUUUUUAUUGUCGUGGGACCGACUUCGUGUGCUUCGUGGCGGCGACGGUACUGAGCCUCGGUUAUAUCGAAUGCGCAAGGCUGAGAUAUUCGGGUUAUGCUCACGGGGCUUUUGGCCUUCUCGUCCACUCACGUCCAAGCGAUCGCGGGCUUUUGGAGCGAACGCGUGCUGUUGUUCGAGGCACAUGUCAGGGCGAUGAUGAUAGCAUCACUCGGCAGAUAGUGUUUGUGCUUGAGCAGCUCUUGAGGAUAGAAGAGAGGGCGGCGAGCGGAGUAAGGUACCGUGUUCGAGCGAGCGACAAUGAUGGUGGACAGGCGGCGUACCACAGUGAAGUGACAGGCGACGGUGGCUUGCACCUUCACAUUCCAGCAUUCGGUAACGUGGAUUUUGGUGUCGAAGGACCUGCGGUAGUCGUGUCUCAGGCGCCUGCGCUGCUCGAUGUGGGCGUGUACGGAGGUCAUGGUACGGGCGAUGGGGAUAACGGCGGGGAGUGGGAUAUGCAAGGCAUUGAUCUGGCACUGUUUGAGGACUUGUUCGGUGGCAGCGACCCAAACAUAGUCAAUUGA